AUGUCUUCGUAUGAAUCGGAGUCGGAUGGUACAGAAGCCACGGCCAUUGGCGAUGUCCUUCCCUUUACCUUUAAAAUAGCCUUUGAAGUCGAUUUCCUUGUCGCUCAAGCUCGCCCAGGGGUUCAAUAUCCUCUAAUCCACAAUGAGGAUGGCCAGUUCAACGAACUCAAGUAUGUUGUUCCCGCAAGAGCCAGUGUUGACUCAGCUCUGCAUCGGUGUGCACUCGUCCUCGGCAGUAACGGCGAACACCUCGCUGUGCAUCCAAACGGUACCAGAAUUGAACACAUAGAGGCACAGAUUCAAGUAAACCGCGAACAUUGGCACGUCUCCGUCUCUCCCAUGGCGCGGGUGGUACUGGACAGCCCGCCAAACUACAACUGGCUCCCGGUGCGCCUGAGAACACCUUUCCUCAGGGACAGGGAUAUGAUUUAUGGAAGAGAUAUCCAUAUGGCUCUCGGGAUCCUGCGCAAUGAAGUGCGUAUGCAUGUCAACUCGACGUGCGCGCUUCGAGUAAUGAUGCGAAUUGGGCCGGAGCCCAUCGGCCUUGGCUUGGCUAAGAGGCUCAUCACUGAGGUCUAG